CUCCAUGAAGUAACAUGUCAGCGCCCAGGACUUGGUAGAGAUUGGACCUGUUUAAAAAUGAGUCGCUGGUCUAUUGAGAAGACGUUUACAUUUUCGUACGAUGCUGGCGGAACUACCGAGUGUGUUUCUAUCCCAGUGACCAUACCCAGUAUCGCACCAGUGACGGAGCUAGGCGGUCGUAUGAUCGCCAUUAAUCGACUACCACCAUACAUACAAGAAGAUCUGCUAGAACAGCUCCAUAAUUUUGUUGAGCUUGAAACGAGACAGUUUCACGAUGAGCAAGCAGAUGAAAGCCUCACACAGUUGACAGAAGAAAACGUCGAAGACAUUGCUUCGGAAUGGACGAAGCGUUAUACACAGUACCACGGUGAUUAUGCGAGGACGAUGGCCGUGACGAACGAGGAUGUGUUUGCCGAGGUCUACCACAAUCUCAUACACUCGCCGGCGCUCGAGACCCUGCUCACGCUCGAGCACACGUACGCGGUCACCGUCGGUGACCUCAUCCGGCAACGCGACAAAGCCCUGAAGCUCAUCGAGGAGAGGCAAGCGGAGGAGAUGAAUCAUGCUGUACAGAGCCUCGGCCAUGGCUUCAACGACAGGGAAGUGAAUCAGCUUGCUGCUAGGCACUUCGAAAAUCAGCAGCUGGCGGAGAGCAAGUGGGAGAGUGAGAUCAGCGCUCUGAAGGACACGCAGAAGAGAGAGUACAAGGACUUUGUGAUGAACGUUCAGGAACACACGCAGAGCACCACGGGACCAGCAUUCAUGCAGAGAAUUCGAGCGCCUUCAGAUCUCGCUGAGGAUGAGAGAACGACGCAUAACACGACGAGGCUGGAAGAGAGCUUCACGAUACAUCUUGGUGCGCAACUGAAGACGACGCACAACAUUCGACUUUUGUGCGCAGACAUCUUGGAUCUGUGCAGACACAAGCCGAACAAAGUCGGGGGUAUAAUCGUGCCGCAGCCUCAGCGUCUGCAGACGGCCAUGUCUCUUUACUCGAACUCGCUCAGCGGACUCAUACUGCUGGUUGACAAUCGCCUUAGCUCCUACACCGGCAUCAAGCGAGACUUUGCGCGCGUAUGCGAGGAAUCAACGGAGUUUCACUUCCCUGACCUGGAGAGCCAGUUUGAGGCGAUACGGGAGGACGCGCUGCGGGCCAACGAUUGGAGAGCAUCGCAGAAGACUGAACAGAACCUGGAAUGCGUCAGCUCUAACAGUACAUUAAGUUCUGCUAGCAGCAAUAGCGAAACACAGGAGAUGACAAUUCCGUGGUGCCUGAAGCGCGCAGAACUCGUCUUCAAGUGCGUCAAGGGCUUCAUGAUCGAAUCGACCUCGUGGGGUGGUACGGAGACGAGCACGCUGCAAUUCCUCGUCCCGAAGGAAAUAUCAGAUGAAGCAUUCGUGUCGUUCAGUCAGAUGCUUCCUCAGGUGUUUCGUGUCUCCAAUCCACUGCGGCUCAAGGUGACCUCAUGAUGCACGAAGAAUUUUCAUCACAGGUGGCGCCACAGGUCAAGAGACAGGCAAUUAUCACGAUGUAGGAGUUGUUACGCGCGAUACUAGAAUAUCACUGUAUAUACAAUUAUUGAUGUUUAUGUAAUCAAGAGCUAAUAAUGAUGUAAUUCCUGAUGUAAUGUGUAUAUGCCGUUGUCCGUAUAUACACAGUCCGUACAUAUAUUUGAUGAUCAUGUACAAUUUGAUGGUUACUUGGAAGUAAAUAUUGUUGUGUACUUGUUGUAUCCCAUGUUUGAGAUUCGUCAAAACUUUACUGCAGUUUUUAGAAGCCAAGCACCAUAUCUGAUAAAACCCAUACUAAAAAAACAAGGGGACACCAAGCUUUAAAACCAGCAAAAACAAACGCAAAACCCAGAAAGCAUUUUUUAAACAUAUUUCUUUCCAUAUUUGUUGUGUUUGAGUGUCGUUUCUACCCAUGCACCACGGAAGGUACAAAGCAGACCAACAAUACCUUACAUUAUUACAUCGCUAGCAAUGAUAUAAACAAUAGUUCAACAAGAGCAUCUGCUCUUUCCCCCCAUAAAUGUUUGGCUCACGGGAGGAUGUCGGUGGGAAGACAAAAAUCUUUUUAAGUCUGUAGGAUGGGAGCUGGGUAUCUGGAUGACAGACCUUCCUUGCCUGCCUCUACCACAAAUCAAAUCUUCAGAGAACAGAUUGUAA